AUGAGCGUGGGAAGCUCGACUCCGGAGGAUGGUUAUUGGGUGCUGGCGGCCUCCUCCGAGGAUCACACCUCGUCGUCAAGGUUCAGUCCUCGUCCACAAGGUUUAGUCCUCGUCCACAAGGUUCAGUCCUCGUCCACAAGGUUCAGUCCUCGUCCACAAGGUUCAGUCCUCGUCCACAAGGUUCAGUCCUCGUCCACAAGGUUCAGUCCUCGUCCACAAGGUUCAGUCCUCGUCCAGAAGGUUCAGUCCUUAUCCACAAGGUUCAGUCCUUAUCCACAAGGUUCAGUCCUCGUCCACAAGGUUCAGUCCUUAUCCACAAGGUUCAGUCCUCGUCCACAAGGUUCAGUCCUCGUCCACAAGGUUCAGUCCUUAUCCACAAGGUUCAGUCCUUAUCCACAAGGUUCAGUCCUCGUCCACAAGGUUCAGUCCUCGUCCACAAGGUUCAGUCAUCGUCCACAAGGUUCAGUCCUUAUCCACAAGGUUCAGUCCUUAUCCACAAGGUUCAGUCCUCGUCCACAAGGUUCAGUCCUCGUCCACAAGGUUCAGUCCUCGUCCACAAGGUUCAGUCCUCGUCCACAAAGUUCAGUCCUCGUCCACAAAGUUCAGUCCUCGUCCACAAAGUUCAGUCCUCGUCCACAAAGUUCAGUCCUCGUCCACAAGGUUCAGUCCUCGUCCUCAAGGUUCAGUCCUCGUCCACAAAGUUCAGUCCUCGUCCACAAAGUUCAGUCCUCGUCCUCAAGGUUCAGUCCUCGUCCUCAAGGUUUAGUCCUCGUCCACAAGGUUCAGUCCUCGUCCACAAAGUUCAGUCCUCGUCCACAAAGUUCAGUCCUCGUCCACAAAGUUCAGUCCUCGUCCACAAGGUUCAGUCCUCGUCCUCAAGGUUUAGUCCUCGUCCACAAGGUUCAGUCCUCGUCCUCAAGGUUCAGUCCUCGUCCACAAGGUUUAGUCCUCGUCCACAAGGUUCAGUCCUCGUCCUCAAGGUUCAGUCCUCGUCCACAAGGUUCAGUCCUCGUCCACAAAGUUCAGUCCUCGUCCUCAAGGUUCAGUCCUCGUCCUCAAGGUUCAGUCCUCGUCCACAAGGUUCAGUCCUCGUCCACAAGGUUCAGUCCUCGUCCACAAGGUUCAGUCCUCGUCCUCAAGGUUCAGUCCUCGUCCUCAAGGUUCAGUCCUCGUCCACAAGGUUCAGUCCUCGUCCACAAGGUUCAGUCCUCGUCCUCAAGGUUCAGUCCUCGUCCACAAGGUUCAGUCCUCGUCCACAAGGUUCAGUCCUCGUCCACAAGGUUUAGUCCUCGUCCACAAGGUUUAGUCCUCGUCCACAAGGUUCAGUCCUCGUCCUCAAGGUUCAGUCCUCGUCCACAAGGUUCAGUCCUCGUCCACAAGGUUCAGUCCUCGUCUUCAAGGUUCAGUCCUCGUCCUCAAGGUUCAGUCCUCGUCCACAAGGUUCAGUCCUCGUCCUCAAGGUUCAGUCCUCGUCCACAAGGUUCAGUCCUCGUCCUCAAGGUUCAGUCCUCGUCCACAAGGUUCAGUCCUCGUCCACAAAGUUCAGUCCUCGUCCUCAAGGUUCAGUCCUCGUCCUCAAGGCUCAGUCCUCGUCCACAAGGUUCAGUCCUCGUCCACAAGGUUCAGUCCUCGUCCUCAAGGUUCAAUCCUCGUCCUCAAGGUUCAGUCCUCGUCCUCAAGGUUCAGUCCUCGUCCACAAGGUUCAGUCCUCGUCCACAAAGUUCAGUCCUCGUCCUCAAGGUUCAGUCCUCGUCCUCAAGGUUCAGUCCUCGUCCACAAGGUUCAGUCCUCGUCCACAAGGUUCAGUCCUCGUCCACAAGGUUCAGUCCUCGUCCACAAGGUUCAGUCCUCGUCCACAAGGUUCAGUCCUCGUCCUCAAGGUUCAGUCCUCGUCCACAAGGUUCAGUCCUCGUCCUCAAGGUUCAGUCCUCGUCCUCAAGGUUCAGUCUUCGUCCACAAGGUUCAGUCCUCGUCCACAAGGUUUAG